AUGGACCCGUUUACGGAGAAACUACUUGAACGAACCCGUGCCAGGCGAGAAAAUCUCCAGAGAAAGAUGGCCGAGAGGCCCACAGCAGCACCGAGGACCGUGCCUCUCGCCAAGCGCACCAGAGAGCCGCUUGCAGAAGCCAGUAACCAGCAGCCCCUGUCCAGGGGGGAAGAGAAAUCUUGUACAAAACCAUCGCCAUCAAAAAAACGCUGUUCUGACAACACUGAAGUUUCUAACUUGGAAAAUGCACAACCGGUUGAGUCAGCUUCUGCCAAGCCUUGUUCUCCAAGUCCUGUGUCCCCUCAGGCGCAGCCUCAGGCACUGGCUCUGGCCAGUGAUUCCCUGCCCGCCACACGGGCACCGCGGCUGGGCCAGCAGAGCGCGCCCGGCGCCAGGCCUGAGGCCUCUGCCGCCUCCUCCGUUAAAACACGGAUGCAGAAGCUGGCAGCCCAGCGGCGCCACUGGGAUAAUGACGAGGUGACAGAUGAUACCCCUGAAAGCUCCCUCAUCCCAGCGAAGCCCACGGAGGACAAGGCCGCCUCCCCUCCCAAACCAGCAGAAGCCUCAGCAACUCCCGUUGGGAGGAGGGGCCGUCUGGCCAACCUUGCAGCCACUAUUUGCUCCUGGGAAGAUGAUGUCAGCCACUCAUCCGCAAAGCAGAACAGGGCCCCAGGACAGCCUGGUACCACUUGUUUACCCGAAGCUUCCGCGGAGAGCGGAGCAUCUGCUGGCAUCAAUGGCAGCAGUGUUGCGCAGGAAGCCGCAUGCUGCUCCCCGCGGGGUGGCAAUGCCUCUCUGAGGGAAGCGCCGGCCCCGAGAGCGGCCGCCUCCUUGCCUAAGGACGCCGUUUCCAGCUCUGCGAAAGCUUCUGCUUCCCCUGUGAAAGCUUCUAUAUCUCUCACCAAUGCUAAUAAUUGUGAGGUACGAAAACCUGAGCGACUACAAAAACCUCCUGCUAGUCCUUUGAAAACUGAGGUAUCAAAACCAAUCGGGAAGUCAGCCGAAUCCCAGACAGCUCGGCCCAAAGAAGAAGUAAAUAGAGAAGCUUGUCUGCAGUCUCACUCUAAAGACAAAUCUACAACAGGAGCGGGAGUCAAGCCGUUUCUGGAGCGCUUCGGAGAGCGCUGUCAAGAACGCAGCAAAGACAGCCCCACACGGAGCACGCCCCACAGGACCCCUGUGGUCACUCCAAACACCAAGGCCAUCCAGGAAAGACUGUUAAAGCAAAACACAUCUUCAUCUACUACCCACGUAGCACAGCGUCUCAAGCAGGAACGUGAAAAAGAACUAGCAUGUCUUCGUGGCCGAUUUGACAAGGGCAACUUAUGGAGUGCAGAAAAAAGCGAAAACUCGAGAAGCAAACAACUGGAAACCAAAGAGGAAAUUCACUCUCAGAACACUCCCCUCAGAAAACAUCAAGUUGUUUCAAAUACCCCGUCAGGUCCAGUAAGAGAAAAGGAAAAGGCGGCAGGAAAGCAGACUCCAGCGCAGCCCCCCAGCCCAGAGCCCGCAGGUUUCACUGAAUGUGAAAUGACGAAGUCUAGCCCUUUGAAAAUAACAUUGUUUUUAGAAGAGGAAAAGUCUUUAAAAAUAACAUCAGACCCAAAGGUUGAGCAGCAGACAGAAGUGGUACGUGAAAUCGAGAUGAGCGUGGACGACGAGGAUGACAUCAAUAGUUCGAAAGUGAUUAAUGACAUCUUCAGUGAUGUCCUGCAGGCAGGCGAGCUAGAUGCCGCCAGGAGCCCAGAGCAGCUGGGCCAGGCGGGAGCCGAGAGCGGGGAGGACCAGGAGGAUGGGCUGAAUAUCUCCUCGAUGUCGCUGCUCACUCCGCUGGCACAGACAGUCGGCGUGAUAAGUCCAGAGAGUUUCGCUUCCUCGCCUAGAUUGGAACUGAAGGGCAGUAGCACACAUGAUGAGAGUCCAAAACCAGGAAAGUUCCAGAGAACCCGUGUCCCGAGGGCUGAAUCUGGGGAUAGCAUUGGUUCUGAGGAUCGUGACCUUCUGUACAGCAUCGAUGCAUACAGAUCUCAGAGAGUCAAAGAAACAGACCGUCCUUCAAUUAAGCAGAUUGUUCGGAAGGAAGAUGCUACUUCAAAAUUGGAGGGGAAAAAGAAUGCUGAAGAAAAGAGCAUCUUUCCUUGUCAGGUUAACGUCAAGCAGAAAAUGCAGGAACUCAACAACGAAAUCAACCUGCAGCAGACGGUGAUCUACCAGGCCAGCCAGGCCCUUAACUGCUGUGUGGACGAGGAGCACGGGAAGGGGUCCCUGGAAGAGGCCGAGGCGGAACGGCUGCUUCUGAUCGCAACUGAGAAGAGAACACUUUUGAUUGACGAGCUGAAUAAGCUGAAGAGUGAAGGACCUCAGAGGAAGAAUAAGGCUGGUCUCCCCUGCCAGAGUGAAUUUGUCCCGUCCAAAGGGUCAGUCACUUUGUCAGAAUUCCGUUUGCCUCUCAAGGCAGAUUUUGUCUGCAGCACAGCUCAGAAACCAGAUGCAGCAACUUACUCCUUCCUGCUCAUCCUGAAGGCGGGCACCGAGAACAUGGUGGCCACCCCGCUGGCAAGCACCGCCACUUCUCUGAACGGCGAUGCCCUGCCCUUCUCCACCACAUACACUCUGGAAGAUGUGUCCAAUGACUUUGAAAUCAGUAUUGAAGUUUACAGCUUGGUGCAAAAGAAAGAUCCCUCAAUGCCAGAUAAGAAGAAAAAGUCAUACAAAUCCAAGGCUAUCACUCCAAAGCGACUUCUCACAUCUAAAACUACAAAAGGCACCCUUCAUUCCUCAGUGAUGGCCAGCCCGGGCGGGCUCCAUGCUGUGCGCACCAGCAACUUCAUCCUUGUGGGAUCGUACACGCUGUCCUUGUCUUCAGUAGGAAACACCAAGUUCCCCCUGGACAAGGUGCCCUUUUUAUCUCCAUUGGAAGGUCAUAUUUAUUUAAAAAUAAAAUGUCAAGUGAAUUCAAGUGUUGAAGAAAAAGGUUUCCUAACCAUAUUUGAAGAUGUGAGUGGGUUUGGUGCCUGGCAUCGAAGAUGGUGUAUUCUGUCUGGAAACUGUAUCUCUUACUGGACAUACCCCGAUGACGAGAAACGGAAGAAUCCCAUAGGCAGAAUAAAUCUGGCCAAUUGUACCAGUCGUCAGAUAGAACCAGCCAACAGAGAAUUUUGCGCAAGACGUAACACUUUUGAAUUAAUUACUGUCCGACCACAAAGAGAAGAUGACCGAGAGACGCUUGUCAGCCAAUGCAGGGACACACUCUGUGUCACCAAGCACUGGCUGUCCGCAGACACCAAGGAGGAGCGGGACCUCUGGAUGCAGAAGCUCAAUCAAGUCCUUGUGGACAUUCGCCUCUGGCAGCCGGAGGCCUGCUACAAGCCACUCGGGAAGGCCUGA